UUUUCUAGCAAAACAAACAAAAAUUCUUUUGUAGUUUGUAAUAAUUUUUUUGAUAGCUAAAUUUAAAGUGCAACAAAAUGGCUGAUCCAGAUGCUCGCGAUGCGGAAACCGUACCGCCACCAAUUGGCGGGGAAAACAGUCUAAACAUGAACAAUGAGCGCUUGGAUUGUGAAAACCUGGAUGAAAUGACUGAGAGAUUGAUCAAUCCCGAUAGACCAGCAUUUCCAUCAGUGCUUCUUCGCUUCUUUGGCAAUAUAUUUGUUGAUUGUUUUAGAGCCAUUUUUGCCUAGCAGAAAAAUCGGAGAGUUAAACCUGGAUCAUGCUAUGAAA